AUGGGAAUCGAGCUGCAUACAAAAUUCCGGCUGCUACACGCGGCGUUGUGUUUCUUAUCGAUCGUGAUUUUGCUGGUGCUCGGAAUAACGAAUCUCUCGCGCGAUCAGCCACCUCCUUGGAUCUUCCUGGCCCCGUUGAUCCUCCUGUGCCUCUCUUUCAUCCUCUCCGCGGUGUUCUGCAUCGUUCGGGUGGUCAUUCGCGUUAAUUUCCCAGUCGUCGGUUUUGCCGCCCAUGGACUUGCCUCUCUCCUCUACGCCGCCGCAGCUACUAUUCUUCUUUACGCCUUCAUCUUUCUUCCCAAAAGUCCCUUGUUCACCACCAAAGAAAAAAUGCACCCAGCUGGAACUUGCGCUCAAUUCAACCUGGAGAGCGCGAGCUGCACGGAGGACUGGGAGAGCUGCCAGAAACACAUCCAGUACUGCCACGAGCGGAUGGAAGCGCUCACCAAGGGCGGCAUCAAUCCCGACAUCACCCCCAAGAGCAUGGUCAUUGUUGACAUCUCGCUAGCGUAUAUUUGUAUGCUCACUGCUUUCAUUGGCGCCUAUUUCGCGUACGAAGACUAUCAAGACUCAGAGUAUGAAGAAGACUCGGUGGACGACGGUGGAGCACCGACGGGCGGGAACAACGGCGGCCCGAGGCAGUGCUACACCCUCGGCCGGGCCAACCUCGAACACUCGCCCAAACCGUCCCAAAUGGUGUGA